GCUCCUGCUUUUACACCAUUCGUCAACAAAACACUCUUCCCUUCCCUUGUUAUUUAUACUCCUCGUCAUCUCAGCCCAUUCCUAUCUUCUCUUCUUCUUCCUCUGCAACAUGGCCUCCUCUCAGGACCACGUCCAUAUCCUCGCCUACCCGUUCCCCUCUUCCGGCCACAUUAUUCCCCUCCUCGACCUCACCAAAAGCCUCGUUUCUCGCGGCGUCUACGUCACCGUUUUGAUCACCCCUUCCAACCUCCCUCUCCUUCAACCUCUUCUUCCUUCUCACGCCCCUUUCCUCCAACCCCUCCUCCUCCCCGAUCCUCGUCACAAGAAGCUCUUCCCCCUCGUCACCGCCACGCGCCACCUUCACUACCCCUUCCUCCUGUCCUGGGUCCAAUCCCUUCCUUCUCCUCCCCUCGCCAUCAUUUCCGAUUUCUUCCUCGGCUGGACCCUUCACCUCGCCCGAGACCUCCGUCUCCCCCGCCUCGUCUUCUCUCCUUCCGGCGCCUUCGCCUUAUCCUUCUUCUACUCUCUCUGGCGCGACCUCCCUGUAAAUCCUGACCCCGGCAGUGCCGACUCUCUCAUUUCCUUCCCUAACAUUCCCAACUCUCCGCUCUACCCUUGGUGGCAGAUCAAUCACUACUACAGGCAGAAGAAGAAAGGAGACCCGGAGUGGGAUUUUCACUGCGAAAAUAUGCUGGACAACAUUGCUAGUUGGGGUGUUGUGUUCAACACUUUCUCCGACUUGGAGCGAGUUUACCUGAAUCACAUGAAGGCCGACCUCGGCCACGACCGGGUGUGGGCCGUCGGUCCCGUUUUGCCACCCAAGGACGACGACGACGAGGGCUCCGCUGAUAGGGGAGGGUCCAGCUCCGUCCCAUGUGACGAGGUGAUGACGUGGCUCAACUCUCGACCCGCCUGUUCCGUGAUCUACGUGUGCUUUGGAAGUCGCACAGUUUUGACCAGCCGCCAAAUGGAGGUGCUGACCACCGCUUUGGAGGUGAGCGGGGUCCAGUUCAUUCUGUCCGUGAGGGGCCCGGAUGAGCGACACGUGGGGCAAGACGUCGGCGUCAUCCCGGAGGAGUUCGAGGACCGAGUAAGAGGAAGGGGUCUGGUGAUUAAAGGGUGGUCGCCACAGCUCGCCAUAUUGGGUCACGGAGCCGUGGGUUCGUUCCUGACGCACUGUGGCUGGAACUCGGUGCUGGAAGCUCUGACCGCCGGAGUGGUGAUGGUGACGUGGCCGAUGGGUGCAGACCAGUAUACGAAUGCGAAGCUGAUAGUGGAUGAGAUGGGCGCGGGACUCCGAGCCGCCGAGGGGACCACUGAAAACAUUCCCGAGGUGGCGGACUUGAGUGAGGUUAUAAAGAAGUCGUUGCUGGAGAAUAUCACCCAGAGAGUGCGAGCCAGAGAGCUGAUGGAAGCGGCUUUAGAAGCGGUGGAGCCAGAAGGAAGCUCCCAUCAAGAGUUGGAUGCUUUGGUGAAGCACGUUUUUGAGCUUCGCGAAGCUGAACGCUGCUUUGAUUAGUUCUUUUUUCUCUUUUCGCCAUUUUUUUUUUGGGUGUAAGAUGCUAAUUGCGUCUGUCAAGCUGAUUCACGUUCUAGAUCUUGUCAGUCUGUAACUGUACGUAUCAUUCAUUCUGUAACUGCUGGUUCUUCCCUGGCGUUAUAUUGAGGGGUGCAAAACUGCAAAUGCCCAUUUUAAUAUGAACUUGAUUUCUUUCUUUCUGA